CAAAGUUUGGAAGAGAUAGAUAAAACCUUAAUAUCUGCCUACUUUAAUCAUAUACGACAUAACUGAAACUCUUGAUGGUUCCCACUGAAAUUUUGAAAUAUCUGUAAGGUUAAAUAUUUUUGCAAGCCGCAUCUAAGUGCAUCAUCUAUAAGAUGUAGCAUCGAGGGGGCUGAAAUUUGCAUUCAAUGCCCAUCUAUCACAACUUCUGUUUGUUACCACUUCCUCAAACUCCUGUCCACCAUUCUACAAGUAUAAAUAUCAGAAAUGGAAAUUGAGUUUUCAUGAUCUUUUUUAAACAAGCAUUUUUUAACUGCUUCCUAUGAUUUUUUUCUCCUUUGGGUGUUUUCAAAAUUGAUUUAUCAGUAGAAAGAUUUUCAGUUCCAGAAUUUUGUUAGGUAUUAAGGUCGGGCUAACAGGUCAGUUAUUCCCACGUACCUUCUAUUUCAUUUUCUCGAUUAUCCUAAUGUUCCAAGCUGCUCAGUCUUCAAAUUGUCCAUGCAAUAGUUUCCUUUCUAAAAUGUAGCUGUUGAACAGAGAAAGAACAGUUCCAAAAUGACAGCAUAAAAAUAGAGAGGAAUGAUUUGUAUAAAACUCUAAUUGUCACUUUGUAUGACAUUUUAAAGGCAUUAAAUAUUUCAGACCCAUUAAGAAAAUUGUUAUUAUUGUACAAGUCACUUUAAAAGAAUAAAUUUACCCACCAGGCUGUUAAAGCCAAAGUAUUUCCUUUGAACAGUGAAUAAUCCGUAGUGACGUCCUUAUACUUUUAUACUGUAAUUAGAAUUAAUAACUUAAAUGUUGCAAAUAUUGCUUCUAAAUAGAACUACUGCUGUGUAUUUUGUGAAGUUGCUCCUUCUUAGGGUUGGAGAUCAGCUUUUGUGGCAGCAUGAUUCAUUUCCUGGCUAUAUGCUUUAUUGUUCUGACUUACCCAGGAAAGGAUGAACAAAAUUUUGUAGGGCAAUCUAUAAUCCUCACAGGUAUUAAAUUCUGUCAGUGUUUUUUUCUUGCGCAUACAUUUCCACUCCGUUGUGGCAAUUCUCAUCUUCAUUUUGAGGCUUCUCUAUUCUAGAUGUAUCAGCUACUAAUUGAGCAUUUAGCGCUACACAGAUAUGAUGUAUACAGAAAUGCAUUCAAGAAAAGAUCAAACCAGGAGGCUGCCUAUCUGCAGUUGGACUUUAAACUGCUUGCUUUUAAUAACUCUUAAAUAUAGAUCCCAAUGUAUAGGCUUGGUGUGAAUAUCAUUAAACCUUUCCCACUGUUCCCUUAAGCUUUGAAUGUUCACUGAUCUGUGAAGAUAGCAAACGGAUAAAUAAACUUAGACCUGGCAAAUCAGAGAGAUUUUAGAAAUAGAGCUAAUCUUGACUUUUUUUUUAAUGCAAAGAUUUAUGUUGCCUGGUAUAUUUAUUUUUUUAAAAGAAGAAGACAGAAAUUAAAAUAACACACAUAAACUGACUAGCAUUAUUUUUUAAUGAAUUAACAAGUGGUGGGGUUAUUAACGUGUAUCCUAGCCUGCUUGUCUUUCCACCUUCAUUUCCCAUUUGCUGGUAGUUGCAUGAAUUUUAUUUGGCCUGAACCCCAGAGUACAAAAGAGAGGCAAUGAAGAGAGAAGGCACCAAGGGAGAGGGACCCUAAGGGCUGAGAAAAUUGUUCCCACCACUCACUUUAAUCCAUGUAUUGUUUUUCUGAACCUUCCUUUCGGUGAGUGUUCAGCUAUGUUCAGUGUUGCCAAAAAGCAAGGAAGAUGAACCCUAAAAGGACUCUUUGGCUUGAGGCAACCAGAAGCCACUGGUGACCUUGUGAAAUCAGGUCCUGUAGAAAGGUAAGGAUACAGUUCAGAUGUCUGCUGGGUGAGUCGUGAAGGGGGACGCUGGGAAGGUUAGGAACUGGAAUUUAGUGGAAGUGGGCCAGUCUGUUAAGAAGCUCAGCAACCAUCGCUAGAAGUGGAGCUCCUCAGGGCCCUGUUUACCAAGGAACCUCCUAGAGUUGUUCAGUGCACAACCUGAACAAACAGAAGCCGGGACCUAGUAUUCGUAUUGUUUAUUCUUUGCAACACCUAACACAGAACGUAUCUGACAUUGAGAGCUAAUGAAUGGUCCCUGGAUAAGUGAAAGAAAGAACAUACAUAAAGGAGGGAAGAAAAGAGUUUUACAAAGAGUCUAUUGAUAAGAACCAUGUUUAUAUUUUGAAGGUUAUAUAGCGUUUUUGUUCAAUUUUAUUUUGAGAAUUAGGCAGAGUUAGAAACAGUAAUAAUAAUAAUACAACCUUGUACUAGCAUGAAGACUGAUGGCUUAUAGAGUCUUUUUUUCAUAUUCAUUAUCUAUUUCUUCAUGGAAAAGUGCAUCAUAGGACAAUUAGGAAAUAAUUGUAAAUUCAAGAACAUUGAAGGUGAGGCUUGAAAUAAAAAUGUAGAAGUUCUUAAAGUAGAUUUCUAACUAAUGUUAACUCAUGACGUUGUGUAACUAAAGAGAAAGACUAAAUUACACCCAGGAGUGGCCCUGGAUCAGAAUGGGUAAGCAGAAGUACAGCAUAUAUAGCCAUUUAUACAUCAUAAAAUCAUCCUGUUUCACCACAAUUCCGUGUGUAUCUGAGCUGUGUACAGCUCGGUGUAGUAUUCUAGGCUUCCUAUUUAAAGUUGCAUCAGAGAGCAGAAAUUUUAAGAAUUCCGAGAAGAGAUAUAUAGAUUAUUAAAGACGAAAGAAAUAGGAUCUACUAUAAAAUGUUCAAAUGGAACUUUGGUAAACCCUUAUUCAUUGGUUUAGAAUUCAUGAUGAUUCACAUAAUAUAGCUGCAUAAGGGGAAGGGCUGAUUUUAAUCAUUUCAAUUGUAAUUAUCUUUAAGAAGAGAGAUUUAAAUUUGGCUCCAAGCAUAACACCAGAUCUUCAUCAAAUACUCUUUGGUUUAUCUAGUUCGGCCUCCCUGAAGGGAAAGGGCAUUCUAACAAAAUUUUGGAGUGGUUAGUGCCUGACUUUUUGCAGCAAGGACAGAAUGAAAAGAAAUGCACCAACCCAUUCAGACUAAGUAAGCAGUGGAGGAGUUCGUUUAAAUAGCGGUUGUCAGAGGAAGUUAUGGAAUCUACUUCCCUGGAGAGUUUUUAAAAUAGGCAAGGCACUCAUCUUUCUGGGAUGAUUUCAGCCUGCCGAGUAGCUAAAGGACAGCCACAGACCCUCUCAGGUUCCCUUCUACCUCUACAAGUCUGUAGGCUAAAACAAUAUCCGAGAAGGCCUCUUUGGCAGGGCAAGCUACAGUCACCCAGGCUCAUGUCUAUCUAUGAUAUUUUCUCACCCCAUGGAAUGAUAAGUAUAGGAAGAAGGGUGGGGUCGGAAAGAUUCCUCAACCACACUCUGUUGGCAUUGCCAAGACAGGCAUUCCCUCUGCCAGCAUUGACUGAAUGCAAGAGGGAUGCCAGUGAGUACAGGAUGAUCAUGCUCGGUUGGAUUUCAUGUGUCCCAUUGUCUUACGGUGUGUGGUAUGUGUGUGUCUGAAAAUAGGAUAAGUAAAAUGAACUGGAAAGAAAAUUCAGUUAAAAAUUAGGAAAACAAAUGGGGAAAGAACCUGCAUAUUCUCUUGAGGUUAGACUGUAACAUCAAGCAUUCGAUCCUAACAUUUAGCAUUUGAUUUGAAAGGUUCCUUUUGGGUCCGAGGCCUACCCUAUCCAGGAUUGUGGUCUGUUGUGAGCAGAUGGGGUUUCCCUCUUAGAAAAUGAGCUUGGUUCCAGUUUCCUAGAGCCUUUGGGUAAUGGCCGGUUGCUCACAAGAGCUGAGGAGACAGCGUAGCUGACAGGCACAGUCAGAGGCAGCUUUAAAUAUCACGCACCCUAUCAUUGGGUGGGUGGGAGUGUUGUCGCUCACUGUGCUUCCACUUCAACAAAGAAAGUGGUGAGUUGCCAGAAAACAAGGAUGCUCCGUCUUAAGCAUUAUGCUGAAUUCUUUUUAGAGAAGUGGUUCUUUAAUGAAGAAUUUUAGCCAAAAAUAUUUUCCAAAUUUAUUUAGAAAAUUUAUUUAUCCAAGGAAAGUAAUUUAAGCAUUGUAGCAGGUAACUAGAAUCUGUAGAAUGAGAACAACUUUCUCUAACAAAAAUCAAUCUUCUUUAUUCAUCAAGUGGUCUCAGGUGCCCUGUGUGGGGUGGGGGCUUUGCCAAUGCCACAGUUAUGCAGGCUGCUCAGAGAAACACUGGACCUGGCAACCUACUGCCCAGCUAAUUUAUAACCAGGUGACAGGUGGUGAAACUAUGAUUUUGUUCUUUUUAAAUGGUUCUUUCCUUCCCAUAAGUGCUGCUUUUUGGAAAGGUCACUUUCGUUUUCUUUAGGAAAAUGAGCCUUUUCUUUCUCUCCCAAAUGCUAAGUUGCUGCCCUUCCCCAGAAGUCUUCCUAUUAAUUGAGUUGGCCUGAAGGUCAUCAACUAUAAUCAAUAUGAAGGGUUGCUGCGAGGUGCUAAUUUACACUCCCAAAGAGGAAUAGUGUCAACAAUCAAUAAAGAGGACAGAGCACUGGUAGAUUUAUGGCUUUGAUUUUGAAAAGGUAUGGGAAUGCCCAGUGAUGUUUUCCUCCCCCCCGGUACUCCUUUUGAAUGUUAAUGCUUUCUUGAAGAUGAUUUCAGACACACUGCUAGGAUACUGCCUCUACUCACUGAAGCAGAAUCCUCUGAAGAGUUGCUGAGGCAGAACUGAAAUCAUGGCUCACCUCAAAGAAGCAGCAGUAUUGGCCGUUAACGAUGCCUCAUACAGAAAGACGGUGCUCCUUUAACUCGGGGUUUUAAUGGGAAGUUUCUAAGCCUGAAACAACAGCUUUAGACCUGGGGUGUGCCAUCAACUGCCUUGCAGCUACCACUGUCUACUGCUUUCACACAGCGUGGUCGGGAAGAAUGGAAACUAAAGAGGCUCGUAACUACCUGUAACUGUUCCACCAGGACAUGGAUCAAGUGUUUGUUCAGCCAGAGCCAGUAUUAAAAUUAGACUUUAUUUCCUGAGCACCCACAAAUGGACCUGACAAAGGGAAGACACAGAUGUACUGUGUGAUGGGGAACGUCUGUCAGGAUUAAAAUAUGGCCAUAACUCAGCCUCUCCAGAGUGCAGCCACCAUGACCACUGCAGAUUGAUAAUGGAAGAAAAGGAAACCAGGAUAUCCUGUGCUCUGGCUUCCCUGGACCAUGGAUGGAGGACAGCCCAUCCCUUCAUCCCUAGUGCCCCUUGGGAACAUAUCAGCAGAUUCUAGCAUGUCCCUGGAGCAGAAAACGACAUUUGUUUUUGUGAUUUUGUUGUUUAUCUUCUUGGGCAUUCUCAUUGUCCGGUGCUUCCGGAUUCUUUUGGAUCCAUAUCGAAGCAUGCCAACCUCUACCUGGGCUGAUGGACUUGAAGGCCUGGAGAAAGGACAGUUCGACCAUGCCCUUGCUUAGAAGGGAUGGCGUGGGAUCUCCUCCUGAGGAGAUGAAGUGCUCUGUGUCUUGGCGAGGAUUCCCUUUAUGUAGUGUUCUCAACAAAUCAAAUUUAAACAAUAUUUGGUCCCAGGACCAUAAUCCAUUAUUCCAUAAAUAUGCAGUUGGAUUAAAGGCAUUUGAGGAUGUUGGAAAUGGACAUUUAUAUAACUAACCCAACAUAAGAAGGUUUAAAUUUUUAUGUUUGCUCAAUGAAUGAAUACUCUUAAACUUGUGUGAUUGUGAAACCAAGAGCGUCAAUACUGACAUAGAUUUGCCAUCAAACAAACACCACCUGAUCUGACUAAAGUAUAAAAGACUAGAAAGGAUCUCAUAUGAAUCUGGUGACAAGAUCAGGAAGAGAUUUCCUUGCUCUAAUUAUGUUUAUAUUUGUUUUAUUUCAUGCGCAUCUAUCUGGGUCCUGAGCAGAAUGAGGAAGAUUGCGCUGAAUGGACCCAAAGUAGUUCCUUGUUUUCUCCUAAAGCAGGGAGCAUUGGGAAGCAAUGGUAAAGCUUAAGAGAUGGUUCUGUCCUUGGUAAAUGUGAGUGAGAAUUGCGUUUUGUUUUUCAAGUAAAGUUUAAUUCAAAGGCUAUAGAGUUUUAAAAACUAUUUACCAAGCCAACUACAUUAUAUGUAUUCAUAUUAAUAACAUGUGUAGAGGUAGCUAUACAUUACUUGAAUUUACUCUUUACACAAAUGAUUUAAAUAAUAGGCUGCAAGUGCAGCUUCAAGUUUUUUUUUUAAUGAAAAGUUAAUUGUUUAGAGGAGAAGACUUUUAUAGUCUUCAGAGGAAUGUGUAUUUAUGAUUGUAUGUAGUCACCAAAUAAAACUUUUCAAGAAA